GCACCACCACUACCACUACUACCACCACUACCAGCACCACCAGCUGAGUGAGUUGAGUGUAUGACUGCCUCAGUACGUACACAACCAGCGAGGUGUUCACACGUACUCGCUCGCGCUGUGCCACCCUCUUGAGUGCAAUUUGAAACCCGUGACGGAUUUAUAUAGGAGAGUGUCUUGUGUGCGGGAUAUCUAGUCAGCAACAGGGAUUUUUAUACACUUACGUGGAAGAAAUAUCAUGUACAACAGGUGGUGAGUGGUCAUCAUGCUAAGUGAAGGUCGUCGGGAGGGGCUUCGCUUGGCGCUGAACAGGUCGCUGAGUGAGCCUGGAGAGGCUAGUGCAGCCAGAUGCCCAGUGUCACUGCCACAGCUGCUGGCGCCGCAGGUGCUCAGCAUGCCCGCCUCACCCUGCGCAGACAGCUCCACCAUCCAGCGCUCCAUCCUACUCCGGCGCGCCCGCGCCCUCGAACCCGCGGAAGUGGCGCGCAAGCUCACCAAAACCAAACCCAGGAACUUCCUCCUCCUCGACCUGAGAACAUUCAUCAACUACAACAUGCGGCAUGUACGCAGCGCCAUUAACCUCAACUGUUCGGACCGCUUCAACCGCAAACGGCUGCAGCUGCGACGAGCCUCUGUGGUGGACCUAGCGGCGUCCCCUUCAGGCCGCGACCUACUGAAGAAGCGGUGCUACAAGGAGAUCAUCGUCUACGAUGACUCUAGCACCGACCUGGAAGCACUUCCUCCACACCACCCAGUCUACCUCGUUCUCACCGCUCUCCUCGAGGACAACAGAGAACCUCUCCUCCUCAAAGGAGGCUUCCAGGCAUUCGAGCGCUUGUAUCCUGAGCUAUGUGAAGACGCCUUGAUGCGCUCUAGGGACGAGGUGGAGUCCUCUUCCUGCUGUGACGCCUACAGCUCCGCUGGCGUGGUUAUAGGCAGUCUGCCUUCCCCGGGCAACGAGGCGGCCAUAGAACAAGCGCAAGCCUCCGAAGUCCUGCCUUUUCUUUAUAUUGGCAACGCCAGAGACGCCCAAGAUCUCAGGAUACUACAGGCGUUGGGUAUUAGCCGGGUAUUGAACGUAACGUCACACGUACCCGGUUACCACGAAAACUCUGGUAUCUGCUACAAGACUCUCCCAGCUAUGGAUUCUGGUCAUCAGAACCUGAGCCAAUACUUCCACGAGGCUAUACACUUCAUUGAUGAUGCUCGGCAGGCGGGUGCCCGGGUGUUGGUUCACUGUCAGGCUGGAGUAUCUCGCUCACCUACCAUAGUCAUCGCUUACCUCAUGAAGCACACUCGCAUGACCAUGGUCGACUCGUACAAGUAUGUCAAGUCUCGACGUCUCAUCAUCUCCCCCAACCUAAACUUUAUGGGUCAGCUGGUCGAGUGGGAGGCUGCUCUUCAGGCUGACAAAACUGAGGCUGAUUGCAAACCUUGUCAUCAAUGCCAGUGGCAGAGGCAGGAGGUCAAAAAGGUGCCCAGUGCUUGCCAGGUAUGACAGUCGCCUAAAGUACUGGGACUCAAAGAUACAGCCCUGGAUAUCAGCUUGGGUAGCUUCAGUACGAGCAUAACAGAGGCCAGUGCAGUGUCGAACAGGAAGGUGUUGGAGUGUGGGUGCUGGAGACAAGAGCUUGAACCUCGUCAUGCCACAACCCAGGAAGAUGCUAAAGAUCAUCUUUCAUCGUUUGGCCAGCAUCUCCAUACAAGUCUCUGCCCACAUCAGCUCACAACACUCUUUCUUGAUGACUUGCAAGCUAAGCUUAGUCAGGAGGUACAGAGAAGAGAAGUCACAGAAAAAGACAUUACUGUUCAUAGAAACGUGCAUAGCACUAAUAUAAUAUAUGAUAAUGAGGAUGUUAAUUUGAAGUCUUCAAAAAGAGGUCACUGCUCAGAGGGA